GUAUUAUAAUAAAGCAACUGAUUUGAAAAAUGCCAAAGAAAUAUUUAAAACAGGAUAUUGUUAUAGAUUUGGAUUAGGAGUUAAUAAUGAUAUUAAAAAAGCAGUGUUUUAUUUUAAAAAAGCUGUUGAAUUAAAACAUCCUAAAGCUACUUUUUUAACUGAAAUAUCUUAUGAUCAUAGAGAAGAAGAACCAGAUAAAUUAAUAAUCGUAAAAUCAAAUGAAUUAAUAACCAAAGGAUCAAAUAAAUUAAAAUUAGUAAAUGAUAUGAACAUUACUUUCGAUCAAAUACAAAAGAUUGAAUUAACAACAUUACCUAAAUUAUUUAUGUUAUAUUGGGAUAUAGAAUCAUGUUCAACACGAGGUCCAGAAUUUUUACCGAUAGGUGAAGAAAAAGAUGAUUAUGUUUAUAUGAUUCAGAUGGAUCUCUGUUUAUUGAAUAAAUUCAUUAAUGCAAUAGAUCAAAAAGAUUUAUUAUUAAAAUUUGCAGAAUUAUUUGGAUAUUUACAACCAGAUUUUGAAAUUGGAUACAAUACUGGAAGUUAUGAUUGGAAUUUUGUACUUCGAAAAUCAAUUAUAUUGGGAAUUGAAGAACAAUUUGUUGAUAAUUUAUUAAAUAAAAAAAAAUCUGCAAUAAAAUAUUAUAUUAGAGAAACAACAGUACGAGUUGUUGAUAAAAAUAUUGAAGAGAAAAUGCAAAAAUAUGAAUUUGCAGGGAUCAAUAUUAAUAAUAGAAAGAUAAAAGUAAAUCCAAUGGAAAAUAGAACAUGUGAAUAUUUUCAUUUACCAAGAACUGUUUUUUUAGAUUUAUUAAUAUGGGUACAGAAAACAUUUCUAACUGCAUUGAGUAAUACACUAAAUAAUGUUUUAGUUCGAUGUGAAUUACUUGGAAAAGUUGAUCUACCAUAUGUUCCAGAUAAAGAAACAAAAGAUUUAGAUUGUAUGUUUAUUUAUAUAACAGCAAUCAAAUAUCGAUAUAAUAUUACAACACUUAAUGACCUUUCAUUAAAACUAUCAAAUUUAACUAAAAUUGAUAAUAAAAAAAUAUUAGAAAAGAUGCAAGUCAGUCCUAAUAUAUUAGAAGAAUAUGCAUUUCGAAAAGGAAGGAUUGAGAUAACAAAAUAUGGUGGAGGAUUAGUCAUACCACCUGAAAUGCCAUCAAUAGAAUUUUUAGGACAAUUUGUACCAAUUGCUGAUGUGGAUUUUGGAUUAGAAUAUCCAAAUGUAAUAAUUAAUUCAAAUAUAUCAAAUGAUACUUGUGUAGAUAUUAAUUCAAAUGAUCCAAAUUUUAAUGUGAUAACUGAUAAUUUCAUAGUAUAUGGAAAAUAUAAAACUCAUUAUGUUAUGGAAAUCAUAAAGUCACAAGGAUGUAAUGUAAUUUAUAGUGAUACUAAUUCAGUAUUCUAUACAUUACCUACAAGUAUAUUAAAACAAAUUUAUAAUAAAUAUAAACCUAUAGACAAUCCAGAAAUUAAAAAACAAUUUUGGACUGAAAUGAUAGAAGAAACAAUUAGAUUUUCUAAAGAACUUCAAAUACAUAUUAAUGAAGUUUUAAAAAAAGAGACUAGAUAUUCAUAUAUGGCUUCAGUAUUAGGAUUUAAAGAUCAAAAAGAAAUUUUGAUGAAUGAUGAUAAAAGUAUUGAACAAAUAAUAAGCGAAGUAGUCAAAAAAUAUAUCAAUAAAACAGAUUUGAAAUUGUUUAAACUAACAGAUAAAUACAAUCCUAAUUUUAAACAUACAUCUUUAACUGAUUUUGCAAAUAAAAAAUUUCAACCUAUAAAGAAAGGUGGCAAUACAAAAGUAAUAAAUUUUGUAACUAGAAUGCAAGAUGAUUAUAAAAUUGAAAUUGAACUUGGACGAUUUUAUUAUUACAUACUAACACAUCAAGAUAAUAAAGCACAAAUAUAUGAAAAGAUAUAUAUGUGCACCAUUAUUGAAAAAAAAAAAGAAGAAGCUGAACAAUUUCUAGAAGUAAUAUAUAAUGAAAAUUUAAAAUAUUCAAAACAAUCUACAUUAGUAGAUUGUUGGAAUAUUGUAGAGAAAAAAUUAGUAGAAUUAAAACUUAUAA